AAGAAGGGGCGCUACCGUCGCGACAAACCUUGGGACCACGCCGGGAUCGACCACUGGAAAGUAGACCCGUUCACGAAGGAGGACAACCCGGACGGUCUCCUGGACGAAUCCUCGUUCGCGACGUUGUUUCCGAAAUACAGAGAGAAGUACCUGCGCGAGGUGUGGCCGUCCGUGACUCGGGCGCUGAAGGAGUGCGGCAUCGCGUGCGAGCUCAACCUCGUGGAGGGCUCCAUGACGGUCAGGACGACGAGGAAGACGUUCGACCCGUACAUAAUCAUCAAGUCGCGCGAUCUCAUCAAGCUCCUAUCGCGUUCGGUCCCCGCGCCGCAAGCGCUGAAGAUUCUCUCCGACGACGUCCAGUGCGACGUCAUCAAAAUCGGCGGCAUGGUCAGGAACAAGGAGAGGUACGUGAAAAGGAGGCAGCGGCUGAUAGGCCCGAACGGGAGCACGCUCAAAGCGAUCGAGAUGCUGACGGGGUGCUACGUCCUCGUGCAAGGGAACACGGUCUCGUGCAUGGGGGGCUGGAAAGGUCUGAAGACGGUGAGGAAGAUCAUAGAGGACUGCAUGAAGAACAUGCAUCCGAUCUAUCACAUCAAGGAGCUGAUGAUCAAGCGCGAGCUCGCGAAGGACCCGGCGCUCGCGUCUCAGAGCUGGGACAGGUUCUUGCCAAAGUUUAAGAAGAAAAACGUCAAGCGCAAGAAGCCGAGCAAGAUUGGAAAGGGGAAGAAGGACCAGGUCUUCCCCCCCGCGCCCGUGCCGUCGAAGCUCGAUCAGCAGAUCGAGUCCGGAGAGUACUUCCUGUCUCAAGAAGCGAAGCGAAGGCGCGCGGCGGCGGAGAAGCUCGAGAAGCAAAAGGAGGCGGUGAGCGCGUCGCAAAAGAAACGAAACGAAGCGUUCAUCGCGCCGAAGGAGGACGCG